AUGCUUGCCCUGUUGCUUCUGUCUUUGUGCCUCCAAUACCUUUGUUCCUCUGCCUGUGUUGUUCCUCUGCCUGUGUUGUUCCUCUGCCUGUGCCGUUCCUCUGCCUGUGCUGUUCCUCUGCCUGUGUUGUUCCUCUGCCUGUGUUGUUCCUCUGCCUGUGCUGUUCCUCUGCCUGUGUUGUUCCUCUGCCUGUGUUGUUCCUCUGCCUGUGCUGUUCCUCUGCCUGUGCUGUUCCUCUGCCUGUGUUGUUCCUCUGCCUGUGUUGUUCCUCUGCCUGUGCUGUUCCUCUGCCUGUGCUGUUCCUCUGCCUGUGCUGUUCCUCUGCCUGUGUUGUUCCUCUGCCUGUGUUGUUCCUCUGCCUGUGCUGUUCCUCUGCCUGUGUUGUUCCUCUGCCUGUGUUGUUCCUCUGCCUGUGUUGUUCCUCUGCCUGUGUUGUUCCUCUGCCUGUGUUGUUCCUCUGCCUGUGCUGUUCCUCUGCCUGUGUUGUUCCUCUGCCUGUGCUGUUCCCCUGCCUGUGCUGUUCCUCUGCCUGUGCUGUUCCUCUGCCUGUGCUGUUCCUCUGCCUGUGUUGUUCCUCUGCCUGUGCUGUUCCUCUGCCUGCGUUGUUCCUCUGCCUGUGUUGUUCCUCUGCCUGUGUUGUUCCUCUGCCUGUGUUGUUCCUCUGCCUGUGCUGUUCCUCUGCCUGUGUUGUUCCUCUGCCUGUGUUGUUCCUCUGCCUGUGCUGUUCCUCUGCCUGUGCUGUUCCUCUGCCUGUGCUGUUCCUCUGCCUGUGCUGUUCCUCUGCCUGUGCUGUUCCUCUGCCUGUGUUGUUCCUCUGCCUGUGCUGUUCCUCUGCCUGUGCUGUUCCUCUGCCUGUGCUGUUCCUCUGCAUGUGCUGUUCCUCUGCCUGUGCUGUUCCUCUGCCUGUGUUGUUCCUCUGCCUGUGUUGUUCCUCUGCCUGUGCUGUUCCUCUGCCUGUGUUGUUCCUCUGCCUGUGCUGUUCCUCUGCCUGUGCUGUUCCUCUGCCUGUGCUGUUCCUCUGCAUGUGCUGUUCCUCUGCCUGUGCUGUUCCUCUGCCUGUGUUGUUCCUCUGCCUGUGUUGUUCCUCUGCCUGUGCUGUUCCUCUGCCUGUGUUGUUCCUCUGCCUGUGCUGUUCCUCUGCCUGUGCUGUUCCUCUGCCUGUGCUGUUCCUCUGCAUGUGCUGUUCCUCUGCCUGUGCUGUUCCUCUGCCUGUGUUGUUCCUCUGCCUGUGUUGUUCCUCUGCCUGUGCUGUUCCUCUGCCUGUGUUGUUCCUCUGCCUGUGCUGUUCCUCUGCCUGUGCUGUUCCUCUGCCUGUGCUGUUCCUCUGCCUGUGCUGUUCCUCUGCCUGUGCUGUUCCUCUGCAUGUGUUGUUCCUCUGCCUGUGUUGUUCCUCUGCCUGUGUUGUUCCUCUGCCUGUGCUGUUCCUCUGCCUGUGCUGUUCCUCUGCCUGUGCUGUUCCUCUGCCUGUGCUGUUCCUCUGCCUGUGCUGUUCCUCUGCCUGUGCUGUUCCUCUGCCUGUGCUGUUCCUCUGCCUGUGCUGUUCCUCUGCAUGUGUUGUUCCUCUGCCUGUGUUGUUCCUCUGCCUGUGUUGUUCCUCUGCCUGUGCUGUUCCUCUGCCUGUGCUGUUCCUCUGCCUGUGUUGUUCCUCUGCCUGUGCUGUUCCUCUGCCUGUGCUGUUCCUCUGCCUGUGUUGUUCCUCUGCCUGUGCUGUUCCUCUGCCUGUGUUGUUCCUCUGCCUGUGUUGUUCCUCUGCCUGUGCUGUUCCUCUGCCUGUGCUGUUCCUCUGCCUGUGUUGUUCCUCUUCCUGUGCUGUUCCUCUGCCUGUGCUGUUCCUCUGCCUGUGUUGUUCCUCUGCCUGUGCUGUUCCUCUGCCUGUGUUGUUCCUCUGCCUGUGCUGUUCCUCUGCCUGUGUUGUUCCUCUGCCUGUGUUGUUCCUCUGCCUGUGCUGUUCCUCUGCCUGUGGUUGUUCCGCUGGCCGUGCCUCCCAAUCCCCUCCCCCACCCUUCUCUCCCCCUUGCGGAGGAGUAUCUGAUGGACAGCGAGCGCCUGGUGGAGCUGCUGGACCCGGCGCUGGGCAGCGACUACGACCUGCAUGAGGCGCAGAUUCUGUGUGACAUCGCCAGGAGCUGCGUGCAGGACCGUUCGGCGGACCGGCCAGCCAUCAGGGACGUGGCGCAGGCGCUGGUGGAGCAUCUGGGGCGCGUGGUGGUGAUGGCCUCCUCCACCGCCUCCUCCGAGUACAGCUAUGGCUACUCCUAUGAUGACUAUGGCUCGCAGCAGCCUUUCUUUUCGGGCAGCCUGCCCGACACCUCAGGCAGCUACACGGGGGAUUCGCCAGGGAAUCCGGUUGCUGGUGGUGGUGCGAAUGGUGGUGCGGGUGGGAAGGCUGGGAAUGGUGGGACGGGGGAUGGGUUCACGUUUCGGAAUUGCCAGUCACAGCCAAUCAUCAUCGCGCGUGCGGGUGGGGGAGUGGAGGGGAGUGGGGAGGACGGGGGAGGGGAGGGGGAUGGGGGAGCGGGGAGUGUGCAGAUGUCAACGGGUGUGCAUGGCAACAGGCCUCCUGUGCCCAUUGGGGCGCAUGAGGGCACGGUGUGA